GCUCACCACUCGCAUCGACAUCGUUCGCGAUGUAACAAAACGUCAAACGGCAACAUUUUCACUGUUUGUGCUAGGGGCCUGUGUUUAUGCUGUGUUUUGCUGUGGUAAGCUGCACUGGUAGCCCCAUUUUCAUUUUCAUCCCACACAAAACUUUGUUUUCCAACCGGACGGUGGGUCGAUAAGCAAAAACAAAAGGGGGGCCCGAAUCGGUCAUUUCGCAAGGUGAGACGUUCGGUCACUUGCCAGCACCAGCGUACCGAGAGCUUGCACGACCUGUAAUGUUUCCACACAUCCGUCGUGUUGGAAACAGUACCACCACCUAAGAGCCGUAGCGGAUAGUUUUGACUUCAGCAGCAGAAGGAUAGCAACCAUUUGGCCCGCAGUUCACCGCGGGCGUCGACAACCGGGAAGCAUGAGCCGGAGAUGGACCGGCCUACUGAUGACCGUGGCAGUACUGCUCGUUGCACUGUUCGUGACGGUAACAGUCGCCCGGCGGCAUCACCUGGAAGUGCGGGAUGAUUUUCGACGGUACAUUUUGCUCAGCACGUUCGGGUUUUACGCUGGCGGUGUGCUGGAUGUACGGGUGUCACACUUUCGGGUAGAUCCCGGCACGGAGGAUAACAUGUUUGGUCUUUCGCUCGACAAAACAAUGUCCGACUCGAUGAACCCGUACCUCGAUUCGCACCAGGACAAGUGCAUCCUGACCGAACCGGUGGCGGUGCAAAGCAACGGACCGAUCGUGUUCUUCAAGAUGGAUCUGAAGCAGAAUGUGGUGCACGUAAGCUGUUCGAAGGACUGGCAGAACAUUCACUUGUACAAGGACCGGAGCGGUGUGCCGGCACUACGCUCCAAGCGUCAGUCGUUCGCACGGGCAAGCGAUUCCAAGCUGGUGUACAUGCAGCGACGCCGUCGGUCCGCCUAUCACGUACCGGCCGAGUCGAAUGAUUUUGCCCAGGCAGCGGCAGUCGGUGCGGUCGCGGACGCUGGCAGCGAUGCGGCAACCGUCUGCAGCAAGCUCACACUACCGCUCGAGGUGAAAGCGGACGAUAUGUUCAAGUACUACAGCUUUAAUUUCGCCAUCUACGUUGCAACCAAGCAGGAGGAAGGACUGUACAACCUGUACUUCCACAGCUGCCCAAACUACGCCCCGAACAGUCUGUACGAGCUUAACUUUAACGUGGACAUUGAGGAGAAGAACAGCGGCAACUAUCUGUCGGCCGGUGAGAUGCCACUGCCGGCACUCUACUUCAUGAUGUCGGUGCUGUUUUUCCUUUCCGGACUGUUUUGGUUGUUUAUACUGCGGAAAAGCAAGCACCCACUGUUCAAGAUACACUACCUGAUGGGUGUGCUGGUGUUUCUGAAAUCGCUCUCGCUGAUGUUUCACGCGAUCAACUACCAUUUCAUUGAGGUGCAGGGUGAGCAUGUCGAGGCAUGGGCCAUCCUAUACUACAUCACGCAUCUCCUUAAAGGAGCGGUGUUGAUCAUCACGAUCGUGCUCAUCGGUACCGGGUGGACGUUCAUCAAGCACAUACUGGCGGACAAGGACAAGAAGCUGUUCAUGAUCGUCAUACCGCUGCAGGUGCUGGCGAACGUGGCGGAGAUUAUCAUCGCGGAAAGUGACGAAGGCGAUAAGGAGUACAGCACCUGGCGGGACAUCUUCAUGCUGGUGGAUUUGCUGUGCUGCGGCGCGAUACUGUUCCCGGUCGUGUGGUCGAUCCGGCAUCUGCAGGAAGCCGCCGGUACGGACGGUAAGGCAGCGAUCAAUCUGCGCAAGCUCAAACUAUUCCGCCAGUUCUACAUCAUGAUCGUGUGCUACAUCUACUUUACGCGCAUCAUUGUAAUUCUGCUGAAGAUUACGGUCGCGUUCCAGUACGCUUGGCUGGAUGAAAUGUUCAAAGAGAUGGCCACCUACGUGUUCUUCGUGCUGACCGGGUACAAGUUCCGACCCGUUUCGCAGCACCCGUACUUUUCCGUGCACGGUGACGAUCUCGACGACGAUGACGAUGAUGGGGAGGUGGAAAUUCUUACCCAGUCCGGGUUGAGUGACGGCAUCAGCAAGAUCACCAACCGAUCCCAACCAUCGUCCGGCGCGGCGUCCGGCGCAACGUUGGUUGAAUCGCACGAAGAGGAGCGCGAAAAUUUAAUUAGCAAGCGAGAAUCGUCACACGAGUAUGAUUAAGUUUCCCUAACGGAACUCGAGAGAAAAGAGAGGGAGAGAGGGAGAGGAGAGAGAGAGAGAGAAGAAAGGGGUCAGGAACCGUACUUGUACUAGCACUUUACUUCGGCAUUCGCAAAUCCUCACACACACACACACACGAACCGAAAGGGUUGUAGGAUAAUUUAGGGCUGAUUUAGACUUGAUUAGUUCUAUUAUAUACACACACAGAGAGAGACACAAAUACACACGCGAUGGCUUUAAACCUCUUGGCUGACCGGAUCAAAAGUCAGAUGCAGCUCGACACUACUACUACUAAUACUACUACGCAACGGGGGAUAGCAAGAAGAAGAAGGAGUAGGCCACAGUUUUUUUUUCAAACAAACAAAAAUUAAUAUAACUACACACACACACACACACACACACACACACACACUAAGAAUUGAGGGUAGUUUUUGGAAGCGCGAUUACAAUUUACCCCCCCCUCCAAAAGCCUCUUUCCGGGCUAUUUUGAAACUAAAGAUAGAUUAUUACGCAAACAUUUAACGAGCACGUUCAACGAAUGGCCGGUGGGAACGAAACGUUGAGCCGUGGGGGGUUGAAAUGAGGGGGUGGUCGGUACGGGGUUGAAAAUCCGCUCGGCUCGCUGUGAUCGCGCUUUGUGUCCUUCCCACUGGACAACCGGUGAUGUAGUAUGGCAGGGAUGAUUUGAGUUAGAGGUUUUGAUUUUCAUUUUUAAAGCGGACCACAAAGACACACACACACGCAUACAUUCAACGAAAAACGAGGCAAAAGAAAAUAUGGCAAAGGGCCAGACACACGCGCCAGAAAUGGGGGUUUAGAGCAGGGUCUGGAACUGGCCGCGGAUCGGGACACACAGAAGCUGGAUACUAGACAUACCAUACCGUAUAUAUGUAAGCUAAAAUAAAUCACCCUGAUUAACUGAUA